AUGGCUUCUCAUCUAAAAGGUGUUGCAAAAUCAACUAUGUCAGAUCAAAUACGUAAGGAGUUGUGCGAGUACAAGAGAGAUAAUCCUGCAAGCACACAAAAAGACUUGCAGAGAUGGCUUGAGGGAAAAUUUCAGUUGAAAGUUAGUCAAGGAACAAUAUCAAACACACUUAAGCGGUCAAAUGACUAUCUCUCUGCUGAAAUAGAAAAGGGAAGAGCGGAGAUCAAAAGACACAAACCAGCAAAAUAUCCUGACAUGGAGAAGGUUGUUUAUGAGUGGUUUCUACAGCAUCAAGAACGUGUGAAUAUCACAGGAGAAUUAAUUUUGCAGAAGGCAAGAGAUACAAUGAAACUCUUGUACCCUCAUGAUGAUUCAGAUUUUAACUUCUCUACAGGAUGGCUUGGGAAAUUCAAGCACCGACAUGGCAUAAAGUCAUUUCGUCGUUUUGGCGAGAGUGGGUCUGUUGAUGUACAAGACAUGGAGCAGAAAUUGGUAUCGAUUCGAGAGAAAAUUGAUCAGUUCCCUAUUAAAGAUGUUUUCAAUAUGGAUGAAACUGGGUUGUUUUAUAAGCUACAAGCUGAUCAUUCACUGGCAACAAAACAACUUGAAGGAAGAAAACAAGAUAAAGAAAGGCUGACGGUAGUUAUUUGUUGCAAUGAAGAUGGCUCUGAAAAAAUCCCUCUAUGGAUUAUUGGGAAAUAUGCAAAGCCUCGUUGCUUCAAGAAUGUCAACAUGAAUAGCUUGGAUUGUUAG